AAACCAGAAAGGAGUCCAUGAAUUAGGGUGGGUAGAGAGACAAAGUAAGAGAGAGAGAGGCGUUUGUGUUGUGUUGUGUCUCAUAAACCUCACACUCUCCCUCACUAUUCUCCAGCCUCCACUCGCUGAAAGAGACUCCUACUCGUCAAUCAUUGUGAAGAAAAGAAGUGAACACUGACUCUGUUAUUGUUCUGAAUUUCCUCACCCUAUACAACUAGUUUUAACGAACAUGGAAACUGAAAAGUCUAAUGUUUCAAAGGCUGAAGAAUUUAAACUCCUUGCCAAUGAAGCAUUCAAUGCUCGAAAAUUCUCCCAAGCCAUUGAUCUAUAUACACAAGCAAUUGAGCUGAACAGUCAAAAUGCAGUUUACUUUUCUAAUCGUGCCUUUGCCCAUCUUCGGCUUGAGGAAUAUGGUAGCGCAAUACAAGAUGCCACAAAGGCUAUUGAAAUUGAUCCUAAAUAUUCAAAGGGUUAUUACAGGCGAGGUGCUGCUCAUCUUGGGCUGGGGAAAUUCAAGGAAGCUCUGAAAGAUUUUCAGCAGGUCAAGAAAAUGUGUCCAAAUGAUCCUGAUGCAACAAAGAAAUUGAAGGAAUGUGAAAAAGCAGUAAUGAAACUUAAAUUUGAAGAAGCGAUUGCUGCACCAGAGUCUGAAAGGCGUUCAAUAGCUGAAUCCAUAGAUUUCCGAACAAUAGGAAAGGGCCGCAAUUCUUCGGUGUCAACCGAAGUGGCCAUAGCAGCAGUGACAGUAGCAGUUAUGGCAGCGGCGGUGAUGUUGUUCAGGACAUCAAAGACCACAAUAGUAGUUGCAAUUGUGGUUGGUUUGCUGUUGCUCCUUGGGGCUUAUUGGUGGAGUGGCCACAAUACUGAUGUUGAGCCACAAUAUUCAGGAGCAAGAAUAGAGGGGGAUGCUGUUACUUUGGAUUUUGUGAAAAAAAUGAUGGAAGAUUUCAAGAAUCAGAAAUUCUUACAUAAACGGUAUGCAUUCCAGAUUGUAUUGCAAACAAGAGAGAUGUUGCAAGCUUUGCCUUCUCUUGUUGACAUACAUGUUCCUGAUGGCAAACAUUUUACUGUUUGUGGUGAUGUUCAUGGUCAGUACUAUGAUCUUCUGAAUAUUUUUGAGCUUAAUGGGCUUCCUUCAGAAGAGAAUCCGUAUCUAUUUAAUGGUGACUUUGUGGAUAGGGGAUCUUUUUCAUUGGAAGUUAUCCUCACUUUGUUUGCAUUUAAGUGCAUGUCUCCAUCAGCCAUAUAUUUAGCCAGAGGAAAUCAUGAGAGUAAGAGCAUGAACAAGAUAUAUGGUUUUGAGGGUGAGGUGCGCUCGAAGUUGAAUGAAACAUUUGUCGAACUAUUUGCAGAAGUAUUCUGCUGUUUGCCUUUGGCUCAUGUGAUAAAUGAGAAAGUUUUCGUAGUUCAUGGAGGUCUUUUUAGUGUUGAUGGGGUCAAACUCUCUGACAUCCGAUCAAUUAAUAGAUUUUGUGAGCCUCCUGAAGAAGGGUUGAUGUGUGAAUUGCUAUGGAGCGAUCCACAACCUCUCCCUGGAAGGGGCCCAAGUAAGCGUGGUGUAGGCCUUUCUUUUGGUGCAGAUGUUACAAAAAGGUUUUUGCAGGAAAAUAAUUUAGAUUUAGUUGUGAGAUCUCACGAAGUAAAGGAUGAGGGUUAUGAGAUUGAACAUGAGGGUAAACUCAUAACUGUGUUUUCUGCUCCAAAUUACUGUGACCAGAUGGGUAACAAGGGUGCCUUUAUUCGAUUUGAAGCGCCUGAUUUGAAACCUAACAUUGUCACAUUUUCAGCGGUGCCACACCCUGAUGUCAAACCUAUGGCAUAUGCAAACAACUUCCUCCGGAUGUUCUCAUAAUUUAUACAGCUGACUAGAAGCCUAGAACUGCCAAUUGUUAUGCUGUUUUGCAAUGACUGUGUUAUGCCCUAAGGGCAAGUUUAAGGUGGUGGCUAGCGAAGAUUUGGUACAUGUUGGCCACUGUUGUUAUGUAUAAUAUUUUUGGCUUAAAAUUUUAUUAAAAUUCAUUUUUUCUCCCCCCUAAUGUUACCCCUUUAGCUUGUGCCUUGUCAUUUGGCAAACAAGUGUAAGAAAAAUUUGCAUCUUCAUUAGCUUUGUGAAACUCUAGUGAUAAUGUUUACUUAAAACUGAACAUGGACACUGCAUAGAUGGAUGCAAGACCAUUUACUUUGUGUUUCUGCUAGUGUCUAGCUGUUGAUUAGACUUGGAUCCCAAGUUUCAAUUGAAUGAGAUAUUUGUUUUAUGCAAGACCA